GCUGUAUAUAAGGGUCAUGUAUUGUCACCCCAAAGACAACAGGCUGAAUUUGCUCCCAGCAUGAUGCAUCAACUGCACAAGUUUCUGCUUUUUUAUCUUCUGACAUGUCUUGGACUUAACACACAUGGUGGUGAAAUCAUAAAUGGUAAAAAGACCCCAGAGAACUUAAUGCUGUUUAUGGCUUCAGUGCAGAACAACAUGGGUCAUGUAUGUGGAGGAUUCCUCAUCAGUGAAGACUUUGUGGUCACUGCUGCGCACUGUGACCGCCAGAAUCCUACAAGUGUUGUUCUUGGCACCCACAAUCUCGGGAAGGUUGAUAAUGACACGAUGAGAUAUAACGUAAAGAGAUGCAGGUAUCCAUUUUUUGACAAUGAACGAUGUGGUCAUGACAUCAUGCUUCUCAAACUGUUUAAGAAAGCUCGACUGGGCAAAAGAGUUCAACCAACUCAACUUCCCAAGACUGACAUUAAAAUAAAAGAUAAGGAAAAGUGCCGUGUCGCUGGAUGGGGUUGGACUCAAAGUCGUGGUAAAGUUGUUGAUGUACUGCAAGUGGUGGACGUGCCCUUUGUCAACCUGGAGGUCUGUAAGAAAGAAUGGGCUGCUAUUGGCUUGAAUCUUCCUGACAAUGUUAUCUGUGCCGGUGGAUAUGGCACAAACAAAGGAUUCUGUCAGGGUGAUUCGGGUGGUCCUCUGGUGUGCAGUGGGAAGGCUGUUGGUGUCGUGUCUUUCAACAUGAGAAAGAACUGUGACUACCCAAAUGUUCCUAACGUCUACACAAAUAUAUCAAAAUACCUUUCCUGGAUCAAAAAUGUUCUCAAGCAAAAGGAUUGUUAAAUAUAGCAUACCUUUACUGUGUUGAACUGCCUUCCACUUAGCAUCAGGUCUGCCGGAAACUCACUUUUACAGAAUGGCCUUUCUUAACAAUUGACAUCUUUAUUUCUUUGGAAAUUAGUUAAAGUGAUUUUAAAUAAAACUUUUUUUUAUUUUUAUGUUAUUGUGAUGAUAUUACUGUGUUUCAAUCUCACUGUCAAUGUUUAAUCUGAAAUGCAAAAUAAAACCUCAGUGUCAA